AAGGUGUUUGAUCAAAGGCCAAAUUAUAGUGAUAUACUAAUUAUCAUUUCAACGUUCUGAAUUGCUAACAGUAGCAAAUAAAUGUUUUUUGUAAAAUUUUGGUUAGGCAAUUGAUGUACCUGGCUACAUCCAUGACGUCCCUGCAUUCUAACUUUACUUCAGACUGCUUUACUGCUAAAUAUCUUGGAUCAAGUUACACAUUUGAGAUUUACAGAAAUGACAACUUCCAAUAAAUAAAAAGGCCUAGAAAGACAAAUACUGUUUCACACUCAACCUUAUGAUAAAAACAUGCCUUUUGCUUAUAUUUUGCAGACUGAAGAAGUAUGGAGUACAUUAAGGGUUUAAGUCAAAUUGGUAGAGGCCUGAAGACCUGUGAUGACAUCUUUCUGAGGAUCAACUAUCUCUAUACUCCUAUAUUCCUCAUUGGGACAUCUCUUUAUAUCACAAUUGUCACCAACUUCGGGGAGAAGAUACGAUGCUGGACUCCUGCCCAGUUCUCUGAUGCUCAUGUUGAUUACACCAAUGCACAGUGCUGGCAUAGCAAUGCGUAUUACACCCCAUUUGUCCAGCAUAUUCCAAUGGAGAUGGAUCUGCAGCGAAAUGCAAUAGAGGCCAAACAUCGCCAUGUUGCAUUGUAUUUUGUAUAUAUGGCAGUCUGUUUCUUCGCUCCUAUAAUUCUCUGGUGGGCUGUUACUGGAAAAUCUGGACUUGAUGUUGAUGCAUUGAUCAAAGAUGGUUCAAACCAGAAUAUUCAAUCUUUUGUUGAUAAGUUUGGAGACUAUAUGAAGAAAGCAAAAUCUAACCCUGUCGUGAAACUCUGCGCUUACUGCACAACCUUCUAUGGUACGUAUCUGGUGCUGGUCUUUGCCAAUUGUAAAAUUGAUCUAUGUUAUCAAUGUGAUUGUUCAGCUUCGUAGAGUCGAUUCUUACCUUGCUGACUACAUCAAUGUGAAUGGGACAAUGAUUAAAAUCGAAGGUAGCUAUGCUGCAAAGGUUCUGGUUGAAUUAUCAACAUGGCAGCAUUGGACAUCUGGAUCUCAGACAUUUCCAGAUGUAAUCCUUUGUGAUUUUGAAAUACGUCUGAUGGCAAAUGUACACCAAUAUACAUCACAAUGUAUCCUGCCUUUAAAUGAAAUGAACCGGGAUAUAUUCCGUGUUGUUUGGAUUUGGCUCUGUGUAUUGAUCCUAAUCAAUAUAUACGGCUUUCUUUCGUGGAUGAUUGCAGCUUCUAGAGGUCACAUGACAUCAAUUGUCUCCAGAGGUCUAAUGGCAUCCCAGCCAGGUGGAGCCAACAAUGCAUUUCUGAUGAAAGAUGGCGCUUUCUUACUUGGACUGAUCGAUCAAAAUGCUGAUAAGGGAGUGGCUGCGAGUGUUAUUGAAGCAUUGCUGAAACAACAAAAGGCAGAACAUGCCCCUCCUGACAAUAUAGGAGGACAUCCAUCAGGACCACAGUCUGCUGGUAUUCAUAGACAGCCUAAGGAACAAUCUGGCCCUGCCUAUGGGGCCUAUGGGGAAGCAACACCUUUGUACCCAGGCCUCGAGAAAGAUACAAAAAUGUAAAACAUUGUAACUAAGUAAUUGACUGUAAAUCACUUGAUUGAUUGAACUAGUUUUUAUAGAUAUUUGGUUUGAUGAUCGUUGAUGUCCAAAUGUUCACUGUCAUGCUUUCUAGUAAUAUACACAUACAUCCAUUGAAAUGGAAAGCUAUUUACAAUGGUAUCCAGUAAUAUACAGACACAUUCAUUGAAGUAGAGAGGUAUAGAGUUACAAUGGUAUAAUAUUUUGUACAACAUUGGGAAAUAUAAUUGUAUCAUUGCAUAUUUUUAUAAGAACAAGGCAUUUUAUUAAACAUGGAUUUAACAUAGAGAAAUCGAGAAGCUUGUAAAGCAAAAAUAAGUAUCUGUUUCCAGAUAUUAACCAUAAACAUAUGCAUGUACAUGUAGUAAGAAUAUAUACACUGUAUUCUGUAGAUGUGUACUUUAUAGAAAUAUAGUUUUUUGUAAGAACCAUUUUAGAUGAAAAUAUU